AUGGCAAUCAACUUUGGAGUUGGGCAAUCCAAAAAGCGUAAAGUGUCUUAGAUAAUUUUGAAUAAUAAUUAAUAAAUAUACAUUAUCGUUAUGAAUAAGGAUAUCAAUCCCAUGUAAAUCACAAAACAUCAAUAUUCCCCGUAGAUUCAGAAAUAGGGUUUGCAAUCUCUGAAAUUUGUGGUUCCGAUUUGCAUAAUAUGUUCAUUGUGUAGCAUAGUAAUUGCAUACAUGUGGUACAGUUCUAAUGGAUUGACUGAAUAUUUGCUUUUGGGACUCAAUAAUGUAAUUUGCCACAUAAAUUAAAGGUAGCCAUAUUGAUUGUAUGCAUCUUCUCCUUUUAUUGGAGUUUAACAUUUCAAAUAGUGAGAGAUGUUAUUAAUCAGCAGGAGGGAUUCCCACUAUCAAGUAUGCCUUAUUUUCAUUCUCUAUUCACAUAAAUACUCUGUGCAAUCUAAGCUGGCUUAGUAUUAGGUUUGAUUGAAUAUAACUCCUACAAUCAAUUUAUUUUGAUACUCCCCUUGACUAUAAUUGAAAUAUUUUUACUACUUUAUCUAGCUAAUGUGAGUAGACAAUUCAAUAUUAGAGAAUACGGAGUUCAAAGAUUGAUCAUCUAUGCUACUUCUGCUAUUAAUCUAAUAUUUUUGGCAUUUGCAGCAUAUUACCUCAAAAAAGUAAGGAUUUCAUCUAACUUAGGUUAUCUCUUAAAUUAAUUAUUAAAUGUAUUAGGUCUCAAGUACAAACAUAGAAAUAUCAUUCAUCAAAAUAAUCCUAUUGGUUUUCUUUAUAUCGACUAUCCUUGUUGCUACAUUUAAUGUCAAGAAAAUUAAAGUGUUUUUUGUUACUAUAAGUUACAUUAUUGUUGGUCUUUGCAUCAUGGCAGCUUGUGUAAAUGGAUUGUUAGUCAGAAGAAUCCAAUCUUUAAAUUUAGAAUUAUCUUCACCCAAUGGAUGUAGAUUUGCAAUGUAGACGAUAUCUGAAACAAGUCUAAAAGAUGAAUUAUAAUGCUCAUAAAAAUAUUUAAAUUUGGAUCUGUCACCAUAUUUGCCUUGUGAUUAAGAUCAACAAACCUAUGAAUGGGAAUCGGAUUCAAAUAUUAAACUGGGAUGCGUUAACUUAUAAUGUUGCAAGGCCGUUUAAAAUUAUCUAUUCAGUCCAAUUAACAGUCUUACUAUUUGGAUUAAUUUAAUCAUAAUGAUUGGUUUAGUCUAAUCCUUUAAUGCUGCAAUAUUAUCAGAAAGCACAUUCAAAAAAUACAAAAUGCACAUUGUUGGAGAUGGAGUAGUCUUUAUUAUAUUACUAAUACUUGCUAUUCUUGCUGUGUGCACUUACAAUUUCACUCCUGAUCUCUAAAUAGGAAUUUAACAUGCUCUUGUUAAGUAAGAAUUGUUAAUUAUUUCAACCUAGAGAAUAAUCUGUAUUAAAUUAAAUUACUAUAUUACCUACUCCUAUUUAUAAGAACUUCGAUAAAUAAGAGAAGUUGAUUGGAUUCCAUAAUUUACAAAGUUGUCAGCAAAUUACUGCUGUAAUAUUACAAAAAAUAACCUUUUCAUCUGAUAAUAAUUUGAAGGGGUAUUAUAAUAUCAUUAAUUAGAAUUAUUUUAGCAAUUUAAGGCACAAAUGGGUAAUUUACAAUUCUUAACGAAGAAAACUAAUAGGAUUUGUCAAUCAUUAUUGAUGAAGAAAUAACAAAAGAGUUUUUCUAAGCCUAAGUAUUACCAUUUGAUAGGAUAUUGAUCAAAGGGAAGAUAGAUGAGGCAGAGAAUUUCUUCAAUAAUAAUUUAUAUUUUUGCUCAGAUUAUCCUCUGUCUGCUGAUUUUGAAAUCUUAAAAGAGUUCUAUGAAAUUCCAAAAAAAAGAGUAUUAGAAGGAAUAUCAAAAGACACAUAAAAAUAUGCUGAUUAGGCAUUCAGAUUCUACGAUAUUACAAUCGUCAUAGAAGAUGCAACCAAUUUUUAACCUAUUUAGAAUAGUGUAAAUUUAAUUAAGUAAUUUAGUAAAUUGAAAUAUAUGAUGGAAAAUUCUUGUCAUAAUCUUGCUAAAUUAUAAAAUAAUUGGAAAGAAACCUUUAUGAGUUAUAAACUGAUGAGAAUGGAAAGGCCACUCUAAAUAACCUCAGUAAAGGCAACUCUUAUACAAUAAUGAUAUACAAGCCAAGUAUUAUGAUAUAAUAAUUUACAGAUUAUAAAAGGACAUGCUCAGUUCUAGAUUUAUAGAGAAGAAUACCGAAAACUAAUUAUAUAUUUCGAUUAACUAGCAGUAUCCAAAAACAUUCUGUAAGAGUUAUCUUAGAAUGGUCAUCUAAAUCAUUAAAUCUUGACUUGUAUGGUAUUUUCAAAGUGAAUGAAAACAAUUGUUUAACAGGACCUUUGUCUAAAAGUUGUGGUGGAAUGGAGCACAUUUCAAUCUCAAAGGAGGAUCAACACAUUGAGAUUUUGGAUAUUACCCAAUUAGAACCUUAUAGAUACACCUUAUUUGUGAAAAGAUUUUUAACUCGGUAGGAGUCCUUAGAUCUGCUAUCAAAGUAGGGAAUCAAUCAAGAUUGGAUAGAUUCCGAUCCUCAUAUAACUGUAUAUUUAAAUGAAUUGAAAUACCCUUUGGUAGAAUUUCGAUUACCAUAAAGUAACAUUUAAUAAAUUUACAUAGUAACUAAUUAAUAAAUGGAUAGAGUGGACAUGACUUGGAUGGUGUUUCAAAUUGAUGGUAUUCAAUCCGAUGCUCCGAAUUCCAUACAGAAGAUGAGUUCUGAAAUUUCAAAUGAUGAAAUCAAAACGAAUACUGCAUUUAAGAAAUCCUAUUGGCCAAACAUCUGA